ACAGAGGAUCUCAUCUGCUUAGCAAUUGUUUAUAAGUGUUAACCAUUUAAUUUCGCCUCUAAAUUCCACCACUCCUUACUAGUCUUAGCCAACCAAAUUGCUUGACACCAAGCCGCCAUGACUCCUCUCCACGAUCAGCCAACCCCGUGCCGCCACGUGGUGGCGAUGCCGUACCCCGGUCGCGGCCACAUCAACCCCAUGCUCAGCCUCUGCGCUGCCGUGGCCGAUCGGAGCUCCGACGUGCGCAUAACCGUCGUCCUGACGGAGGAGUGGCUCGGCUUGCUCGCCUCCGAGAAAAAGCCGCCGAACGUUGCCUUCGCCACCAUCCCCAACGUCGUGCCGCCGGAGAAGGCCCGCGGCGACGACCUCCCGGCCUUCGUCGCGGCGGUUCUCACCAAAAUGCAGACACCGUUCGAGCAGCUUCUCGACGGCGGAUCGCUUCCGCCGCCGGAUUUCAUCAUAGGCGACGCGUUUAUGUCCUGGAUUCAUGAAGUCGCCGGAAAACGGAAUAUUCCGUCGGCUCACCUGUGGACCAUGUCGGCAGCGGUGUACACUGUGUUUUACCAUUUUGACCUUCUCGUUCAGAACGGCCACUACCCCGUUGAUUUGUCAGCUAAUGGAGAUGCCGUUGUGGACUAUAUACCUGGGCUCCCACCUGUUUGCGUUGCUGAUCUUCCAUUAAUCGUUAGAGAGCAAGAAUCUAUGCCAAAACUCAUACAAAUAUUACCCAAAGAUUCCAACGCAAAGCAUCUAAUUUUCACUUCUUUUCACGAGCUAGAAGCCCAAGUCAUCGACGCUCUCAAGCAGAAAUCUUCACUGUCGAUCUACACCAUUGGCCCUGCCGCCGUAUAUUACAGGCUCAGAGACAUCAAAAUGAGUAGCUCCACCACCACCACCACUACCAACGACUACUUGAGAUGGCUCGACCAUCAGCCACCGAGCUCGGUUUUGUACAUCUCGCUAGGCAGUUUCUUGCACAUCCCUGCAGCCCAGAUGGAGGAGAUCGCUGCUGGGCUGCAGGGGAGUGGCGUUAGGUUCUUGUGGGUGGCUAGACGGGAGGCGUCUCGUUUGCAAGCGAUGUCCGGGGAUAAGGGCCUAGUGGUGGAGUGGUGUGAUCAGCUGAGGGUGCUCGGGCACCCUUCCGUGGGAGGAUUCUUGUCGCACUGUGGAUGGAACUCGACUAAGGAGGCAAUACUGGCUAGCGUGCCGGUGCUCACUUUCCCUCUAAUGAUGGAUCAGCUGUCCGAUGCGAAGGCGAUUGUCCAAGACUGGAGAGUUGGAUGGAGGUUCUUGGAGAGGGAGUUUGAUGAGAGAGACUUGAAGAAGAGGGAUGAAAUUGCUGGGAUUGUGAAGAGGUUUAUGGAUUUGGAGAGUGCAACCAGGGAAGAGCUUACUAGAAAUGCAAGAGAAUUGCAGAAGAUAUGUGAGAGAGAAUUUGAAGAUGGAGGGUCGCACCAAACCAAUCUUGAUCACUUAGUUAGAUCAAUCAAAUCUUGAUCUACCUUAAGAUCAUGAAACUAACUAGCCCAGUUUAUCCAACAAUGAUCGUACAAGCCCUCUAUUAUAUUCACACUCAUAUUUUACUUUAUCAAUACAUCUAUAAAAGAGUCUUUACUUUGGUGUGUC